UCCUGGCCGGCCCGGGCAGUAGCCUGAGGCCCCGCUGCACGCUGCACAGUUACCCGCAUAUCAUCUCCAUCCUCCGGCCCAGAGACAACCAAGCAGCUCCCCCCUCUGCUCAGUCUGUGUGGAGCUGCAGCCGACAUGAGUCCAUGAAAAGAUCCUCCCUGGAAGAGCUGCUGAGUCGGGGCCGGAGCUAGGUGCAGUCUGAGGCGUGGUGAUGGUGUUGGACUCAGGGGAAGUCUUCAUGGAUCAGGUUGAGGGUAAGAGUGUCGGGAGCAGCAGGGAACCGGGCAACCGAGUCCCCAAAACCACUGCCACGAAUCCCAGACCACCGGCCAGAAGGAGCAAUGUCGCCAAGAAGGAGAAAGAGAAGGAGAAAGUGUCCCACAACGGACUUCCGACCCAGACGAACAGCGGCCAGGUAGUAGAGAGGAGGUCAUCGUCAUUAAAAGCUGGCGCCACACCCAGACCGCCCCUCCGCCGCCCUCUCAGCCUGGAGAUGACGCCCCAGCGACUGCGGGGGUCCCAGGAGCAGAUGGCAGACAGGCGGAUUGUGCAGCCUCCUUGGCGCAGCGGUUCGGCGGCCCCGUCGCCUCCGGCUCGCAGCCUUACCAGCCCCAGCCUGGGAGCGGGCGGCUGGAUGCGCCGCAGCGAGAGCACCUGCUCCGUCAACUACUCCCUGGGGCUCCGAGCCGGCAGGGGCCAAAUGCGACCGGCCACGUCCCUGCCACACAUAGGUAAGGGGAUGGGGAGCACGACGAUGAGGAGCACGACGAUGCCCGGAUCCGCCAGGCCCUGUCUGCUGGUCGCCCUGCGGCCUCUGAACUUGGAGCAGGAGAAGCGGGCUUUCUUCCAGUCGGACUACAAGUACGAGCCGCAGUUUGAAUACUCUCAGCCUGAGCCGAGGAGCGUGCUGGAGAAUUACAGAGAGGGCUCGGGCCUCUUCCUCGAACAGGCGGUCGGGAUCAUGGAGUGCGUCCUGAAGAAGUUUGACUCCUAUGAGAACUUCGAGGAGGUGACGGGUGGCAACGUGCUCCCUAAAAGUCAAGUCUGGGCUGCUGUGCGUAAAUACCUGCAGAAAGAAGGCUGCGUGGGAGAGGUUGUGGUGCGCCUGUCUGACGAGCUGCUGUCUCAGGCCGUGAUGGUGGUGGAGAACAGUCGUCCCACUCUGACCAUCAACCUGGCCGGAGCUCGACAGCACUGGCUGGAGGGGAUGCUGAGACAUGAAAUAGGCACACAUUAUCUACGAGGAGUGAACAAUAAUCUGCAGCAGUGGGCAACCACAGAAGGCAGGAAGCAGUACGGCCUCAAACCGGCCAACCCCACCGAGGAGGGUCUGGCCAGCCUGCACAGCGUGUUGCUACGGAAACAGCCCUACCUGUGGCGUGCGGCUCUGCUGUACUACACGGUUUAUCACGCCACCAGCAUGAGCUUCAGCCAGCUCUUCAGUCACAUCUCACGCUUCGUCCAGGACCCGGACGUCCGCUGGGAGUACUGUCUGCGAGCCAAAAGGGGACAGACGGACACCUCGCAGCCUGGUUGCUUCAGUAAAGAUCAGGUCUACCUGGACGGGAUCCUCCGGAUUCUUCGGCACAGAAGGAACAUCGACUUCAAGAUGUUGACCUCCUUAGGCAAGGUGUCUUUCGAAGACGUAGAGAGGCUGCGACACCUGGCCGUGCUCACCCGGACCAGAAUCCCGCACUUCAUGCGAGACCCGGUGCGUUACCUGCAACACCUGGAUCACAUCGUCGCCGUAAACGAACUGGACGAUUCGUCGCUGCAAGAACUGCUACCUUGAACCUCCUUUACCAGAGGAAACGCCGGUACACGGACUGUAUCAUAUGG